GAGGGCGGGGUGUCCGGGCGAAAGAUUGGAAGACCCCCCUGAAAGACCAGCUAGACUUCGGAAACUGGAGACACGCCCGGGGAGACCUGUUUUUUCUUUGCACUGUUGUUUCACUGUUGGGGAGCACUCACGGGAUUCGUCCCAUGGCCGGGGCUCGGAGCUGCGAUUCUUGGGGGCCCCCUGGGAUCUGCUAUCUUCUUGGUUUCUUGUUCGCCGGACUGCUUUUUCCACGGGCUGUCGCCUUCAAUCUGGAUGUGAUGGGCGCUCUGCGCAAGGAAGGAGAGCCAGGCAGCCUCUUCGGCUUCUCUGUGGCCCUGCAUCGGCAGUUGCAGCCCCGACCCCAGAGCUGGCUGCUGGUGGGUGCUCCCCAGGCCCUAGCUCUUCCUGGGCAGCAGGCAAAUCGCACUGGAGGCCUCUUCGCUUGCCCUCUGAGCCUGGAGGAGACUGACUGCUACAGAGUGGACAUUGACCGAGGAGCUGAUGUGCAAAAGGAAAGCAAGGAGAACCAGUGGUUGGGAGUCAGUGUUCGGAGCCAGGGACCUGGGGGCAAGAUUGUCACCUGUGCACAUCGAUAUGAGUCGAGGCAGCGAGUAGACCAGAUCCUGGAGACGAGGGAUGUGAUCGGUCGAUGCUUUGUGCUAAGCCAGGACUUGGCCAUCCGUGAUGAGCUGGAUGGUGGGGAGUGGAAGUUCUGUGAGGGGCGCCCCCAGGGCCACGAACAAUUUGGUUUCUGCCAGCAGGGCACAGCUGCUGCCUUCUCCCCCGACAGCCACUACCUCCUCUUUGGGGCUCCAGGAACUUAUAAUUGGAAGGGCACAGCCAGGGUGGAGCUCUGUGUGCAGGGCUCAGCGGACCUGGCACACCUGGACGACGGGCCCUACGAGGCGGGGGGUGAGAAGGAGCAGGACCCCCGCCUCAUCCCGGUCCCUGCCAACAGCUACUUUGGGUUGCUUUUUGUGACCAACAUUGAUAGCUCAGACCCUGACCAGCUCGUGUAUAAAACUUUGGAUCCUGCUGACCGGCUUCCAGGACCAGCCGGAGACUUGGCCUUGAAUAGCUACUUAGGAUUCUCCAUUGACUCUGGGAAGGGUCUGGUGCGAGCAGAAGAGCUGAGCUUUGUGGCAGGGGCCCCCCGUGCCAACCACAAGGGUGCUGUAGUCAUUCUGCGCAAAGACAGUGCCAGUCGCCUAGUACCCGAAGUGAUGCUCUCUGGAGAGCGUCUGACCUCUGGCUUUGGCUACUCGCUGGCUGUGGCAGAUCUGAAUAAUGAUGGCUGGCCAGACCUGAUAGUGGGUGCCCCUUACUUCUUUGAGCGCCAAGAAGAGCUGGGGGGAGCUGUGUAUGUGUACAUGAACCAGGGUGGUCACUGGACAGGGGUCUCCCCACUCCGGCUCUGUGGUUCCCCUGACUCCAUGUUCGGGAUCAGCUUGGCUGUCCUGGGGGACCUCAACCAAGAUGGCUUCCCAGAUAUCGCUGUGGGAGCUCCCUUUGAUGGGGAUGGGAAGGUCUUUAUCUACCAUGGGAGCAGCCUGGGGGUGGUCAUCAAACCUUCACAGGUGCUGGAGGGCGAGGCUGUGGGCAUCAAGAGCUUUGGCUACUCUCUGUCGGGUGGCCUGGAUGUGGAUGGGAACCAUUAUCCUGACCUGCUGGUGGGCUCCCUGGCGGACACUGUUGCACUCUUCAGGGCCAGGCCUGUUCUCCACGUCUCCCACGAGGUCUUCAUUGCUCCCCGAGCCAUCGACUUAGAACAGCCCAACUGUGCUGGUGGCCACUCAGUCUGUGUGGACCUAAGGAUCUGUUUCAGCUAUAUUGCAGUCCCCAGCAGCUACAGCCCUACUGUGGCCCUGGAUUAUGUAUUAGAUGGGGACACAGAUAGGAGGCUCCGGGGCCAGGUUCCGCGUGUGACCUUUUUGAGCCGUAGCCCAGAUGAUCCUAAGCACCAGGCCUCAGGCACUGUGUGGCUGAAGCACCAGCAUGACCGAGUCUGUGGAGACACCAUGUUCCAGCUUCAGGACAAUGUCAAAGACAAACUUCGGGCCAUUGUGGUGACCUUGUCCUAUAGUCUCCAGACCCCUCGGCUCCGGCGACAGGCUCUUGGCCAGGGACUGCCCCCAGUGGCCCCCAUCCUCAAUGCCCACCAGCCUAGCACCCAGCGGGCAGAGAUCCACUUUCUGAAGCAAGGCUGUGGUGAAGACAAGAUUUGUCAGAGCAAUCUGCAGCUGGUGCAUGCCCGUUUCUGUGCCCGGGUCAGCGACACAGAGUUCCAGCCUCUGCCCAUGGAUGUGGAUGGAACAACGGCCCUGUUUGCACUGAGUGGGCAGCCAGUCAUUGGCCUUGAGCUGAUGGUCACCAACCUGCCUUCCAACCCCGCCCAGCCCCAGGCUGAUGGGGACGAUGCUCAUGAAGCCCAGCUCCUGGUCACCCUCCCUGCCUCACUGCACUAUUCAGGAGUCCGGGCCCUGGAUCCUGCGGAAAAGCCGCUCUGCCUGUCCAAUGAGAAUGCCUCCCAUGUGGAGUGUGAGCUGGGGAACCCUAUGAAGAGAGGUGCCCAGGUCACCUUCUACCUCAUCCUCAGCACCUCUGGGAUCACCAUUGAGACCACAGAACUGGAAGUGGAGCUGCUGUUGGCCACGAUCAGUGAGCAGGAGCUGCAUCCCGUGUCUGCUCGAGCCCGUGUCUUCAUUGAGCUGCCUCUGUCCAUCGCAGGGGUGGCUGUACCACAGCAACUCUUCUUCUCCGGUGUGGUGAGGGGUGAGAGUGCUAUGCGGUCUGAACGGGAUGUGGGCAGCAAGGUCAAGUAUGAGGUCACGGUCUCCAACCAAGGCCAGUCGCUCAACACCCUGGGCUCCGCCUUCCUCAACAUCAUGUGGCCCCACGAGAUUGCCAAUGGGAAGUGGCUGUUGUAUCCCAUGCGAGUGGAGCUGGAGGGCGGUCAGGGGCCUGGGCAGAAAGGGCUCUGUUCCCCCAGGCCCAACAUCCUCCGCCUGGAUGUGGACAGUAGGGAUAGGAGGCGACGAGAGCUGGAGCAGCUGGAGCAGCAGGAGCCUCGUGAGCAGCUGGCACCCACCACGUCCUGGUGGCCAGUUUCCUCUGCUGAGAAGAAGAAAAACGUCACCCUGGACUGCGCCCGUGGUACUGCCAACUGUGUGGUGUUCAGCUGUCCACUCUAUAGCUUUGACCGUGCGGCUGUGCUGCACGUCUGGGGCCGCCUGUGGAAUAGCACCUUUCUGGAGGAGUACUCAGCUGUGAAGUCCCUGGAAGUGAUUGUCCGAGCCAACAUCACAGUGAAGUCCUCCAUCAAGAACUUGCUGCUCAAAGAUGCCUCCACUGUGAUUCCAGUGAUGGUAUACUUAGACCCUAUGGCUGUGGUGGCAGAAGGAGUCCCCUGGUGGGUCAUCCUCCUGGCUGUGCUGGCCGGACUGCUGGUGCUAGCGCUGCUGGUGCUGCUCCUGUGGAAGUGUGGCUUCUUCCAUCGGAGCAGUCAGAGCUCAUCUUUCCCCACCAACUAUCACAGAGCCCAUCUGGCUGUACAGCCGUCGGCCAUGGAAGUUGGGGGUCCAGGGACUGUGGGGUAACUUGUAUGUGUGCAUGAGUGUGUCUGCAACUAUGU